CGGCAGAGCCCGCGCUGCCACUGCCCCCGGCUCGGGCUGAGGAGAACCGCGGGGGUCCUGGCGACCCCAGUCCGGGUGCGCCGGGCGGAGACGGGCCGGGCGUCCAGGUAAUAAUUUCAAGAUGCCAGGACGUUCCAGUUCAAAUUCAGGUUCAACUGGUUUCAUAUCCUUCAGUGGUGUAGAGUCUGCUCUCUCUUCCUUAAAAAACUUCCAGUCUUGUAUUGACUCUGGAAUGGACACAGUUUCUAGUGUGGCUUUUGACCUUGUGGAGACUCAGACUGAAGUGAGUAGUGAAUAUAGUAUGGACAAGGCGAUGGUUGAGUUUGUCAUAACGAAUCGGGAACUAAACCAUUAUGUUAUGGCUGUUCAGUCUGCAAUAAAUCAUGUAAAAGAAGAACAGCCAGACAAAAUACCCGACUUAAAAUUAUUAGUGGAGGAGAAAUUUUUGGCUUUACAGAGUAAGAAUUCUGAUGCAGACUUUCAAAAUAAUGAAAAAUUUGUGCAAUUUAAACAACAGUUGAAAGAACUAAAGAAGCAAUGGCCUAGAAGAAAAGAAGCAAAACAAACUUAGAGAAUGUGAUAUGGAUAACCUUGGGUGGCUUUGACUGUGUCCUGAAGUUGCAGUCUUCUUAAAAGUACAGUUUUUUAGUUUUGAUUUUCCUUGUCUCCUUACCUAUCUUUAUUUCUUCUGCCCUACCUCAGUCAAUGGCAUAGUUGAGUAGUUGGGUCAUAGACCAUUGGCCCACAGAGCUUAUAAUAUGUACUGUCCAACUCUUUAGAGAAAAACUUUACUGAUCCCUGAUCUAAAUCAUAUUCAGAAACAAGAAUAGUUUCUUGGAUUUCUUUUAAUUUUAGAUUUUUUGCCCCUAAAUGCCAUCCAUUUGUCUCAAAUAUGUUCAGAAUACUUCGAGCUUCUAUUCUGGGUAUUACUGCAGUUGAUGCUCUGAGAUGAUUAAACUGCAGGAACCCUAUACUUGGAGAAGACAGUGCAUACAAACAUGAAAUAAUGUGAGAACUGUUAAUAACAAAUAAUCAACUCAGGUUUUAUCUGUCACACUCAUUUUGCCAGUCACUGACAGGGACUCUCUGGAACAGUGUGUUCACAGAAAAAUUCUGAGGUGGCUCAGGCCCAACAAGAAGGAACUACAGUGGAACAGUUCAGAUACCUAGCAGUUAAUGUCCCUAGAAUACAAACCUGACACAUACAAUGCACUUGUUUAAAGCUAUUAUUUCUGUAAAUGUAACAUACAUCAGUUGUUCCUAGUAGUUUUUAGUGGUUAUAUCUUAGAGAUAUUACCACACGUUAGAUCAACUUCUCGGAACAAAUCAUUGUAUCCAUUCAAUGCCCAGUGGUCCACAUAUUAGAGAAAAUUAUGUCAGCCUCCAUUUGUUUCUCAGGAUUUUUACUCAGCUUGAAGGAGAUGCUGGCUGUUUGCAAAUCCCAAAAGCCUACCUUUGAUUUGUUAUUAUUGGGAAUGCUGGUACAGCUUGGUGGAAAGAACAUGAGCUUGGCCACUAGAAGACAUCAGUUUGAGUCACCCAGUAUGUAGCCUGGUCUCCCUGCUGAUGCCAUCCAUUUUUCUCCUAAUUCUUAGAGUAGUAGAAAAUCAAGAUUGAUUGAAGAUAACUUAUACUUUCGACAAGAGGACUAGGGUGGUGAUUGUGAUGAUAACUGCAAUAGGCAAUGAUUUCACAGAAAAGAAUUACUUCUCUAAACAGUAAUUGCAUUCUUACAAGAUGUGAAACAAACAAUAGGCUUUUGUUUAAGGCAGGUAUAUUCAGACUUUCUUGGGCAAAGUAAUUUUAAUUUAUUUAAAUCUCAAGGCAGUUUUUUCUCCUUGUCUUAAACUGCCUCCACUACUGCAGAUCACAUUCUUGCCAUCUUAACUUCAGGAGAACUUAAUUAGAAUGUGUGAACAACUCUGUGUGGACACUUUUUCAAGUCACCAAACAAUAUUUCUGGCAUUCUCUAUUCAUGUGUUUACCUGUUAUAUGAUUAGCAGUCAUGGUUUUGGUGUAGACCAUGAAAGACAGAAAUUGAAGGCAGUUGGUAAUAAUUGAUACUUAGAAACUCAAAAUAUAAGAGUUUUGCUCUUUAGUCAAAACUAGACUUGACUAUGAAUCUGAGACUCUAGUAUUAAAAUGAUAUGAAGUGUAAUUUUGUUGGUAUAUUUAAAUGUUGAGUUAAAGGAAAACAUGCCUUUUUUAAUAAUGAAAUUUUUCUAAUGUGAAGGUGUUUAUUACUAAUUUAGACAGUAUAUUACAUCAUUUUAUAUGCCAGUUAUAAAAUAGGAAAUUGUUAAAUCUGUGAGUGAAACUUAGAAAUCGUUUUGAGUGAUAGUGAUAUUAUUUGUAGCAGGUGUAUAUAAAGACAUAGGAAUUUACACUGUAAUGUAAUGAUUACACAUAUACUGUUCCUCCUUGGUGGCUGUCCUUUUCCUUUAGAACUGCAGUAGAUGGCAUGAACUUUGAUGUUCUGUUCAGCGUGGUAUUCCUUGAACUCUAGCAUGAGAUUUAGGCACAUAGAAUUAUUGUCCCAUAGCUCUUUGAUGAUCCCCCGGGAACUGUCACAUGUUUGAGAGCCUUUGUCCUCUGAGAGCUAAAGUGAUACACCUAAGAUUACAAAGCUGUAAGUAGUGGAACCAGAAAGAUCGGAGAUGCUAGAGAUGACAGGCAACACUGGAGCUAGGCGUAGGUAUCUUCUGUCUGUUUCAUAAAGUUGUGUCUUCCCAGGAAUGUUUACAUUUUCAAGUAGAUUUGGGUAACCAAAUAAAUUGUGAAGAAAAAGAAAUUAAAGAGUUAUUCUGUAGUGGUGGGGCUUUAAUCUGAUUAUUAAGUUAUCAGCGAGUUAUUUUACCAUAACAAAUUAACCUUUCCAUAGGUUUUGAUGUUGAGCAAUAAUGACAGUCAGCUACUAUUUGUUGAUCUGAGAUUUGCCCUAUUCCUAUUGGCUAUUACAAGUCCUACCCAGGCUUUGGUAUAGUGCCUAGUAUAUAAGAUAUUUAAUGAGUGCUUGUUGAAUUAAUGAAUAGCAGCAGGCAUUGUUUAAAUGCCCAUCUAUGCAUGGAGUAUGCCACUUGCAUGCUUUAUGUAUAUUAUUUAUUUGUCACAACUCUACUAGAUAGAUGUAAGUAUUUUGUAGGUUAGAAAACAAACAGAGAGCUGCCCCAAUAUAUGGGUCAGUGGUGGAGCUCUUGAUUGACAUGUUUGGCAUGCGCUGAGGCCCUGGACUCAAUCCCUGGUACUGCAAAAA